AAAGGCCAUUAUUAUGGAAACUGAAGAAUUUUUCUCUUUGGCGAAGGAACAUUGAUACUCGACCGACACCUGCCUUGCUGCACAAUGCAAUGAAGCAUGCGUCUUUAAGCUAGACCAGUGGUUUGUGAUUAUUGUUGUUAAUCGAUGUUGCAGGUGGAAACACUAAACUUAGACUACGAAGAGUUGACAAGAGAGACUGAGAAACUACUGAAUUCUACCGAAGGAGACACGAGGCGCACCGCGUCUAUUGCUCUCGCCGCUGCUGAAGUUUUAAACGAAAAGAGUGUGUCGGCUCAAAGUGAUGAAAGCGAGGAGGAAAAAAAAGUGGAGUUAAGAGAAAAACUCGUGAAGUAUGUGGAAUCGAGCGUUAAAGGGGCACCAAAUACCAGCCUAUCAGAUGUUAGACAAUAUGCCGGGACUCUAACUGUGGUCACAAGCAAGCCCGAACAAAACACAAAGAUUAUGUUGGAAAAACUCUCCGACCUCUAUAACAACGCAAGUCAAACAAUCUUGGAAAUUGCCACCAGCAAAGGAGUGCAAGGAGUGCCUAGCGAGGAAUUAAGAGAAGCAUCUGCAGCAGUGCUAAACGGAGCCGUUAAUCUCAUCAAAACGGUGAACUUGACCCGCGGAGGUGAAAAGUUGCCGGUUGAAGACUCGAACACAACUGAAACAAAUACAACAGGGAAAGUCAUUGGGACGCUUGAUAGACUGUCGGAAGCUCUGAUAGUUUCUAUGGUCGAUGGAGAGGAGCCAACGAUUAUCGAUAAUGAAGUUCUCUCAAUGGGAGUUUUACUUGAAGGUGUUGAGUUUAUUGGAAAGAAGCCAUACAAAGUUGGUGACGGUGAGGUAAAGAUUGCAGAAGGUUCACUAGAGUUAGGAGAUGAGGAAAUCCUUAAUCAAGUGAGCAUACUUUCUGCGAUAAAUCUGUUUCCCGAAGGAAACGACUCUGGCCGCUUAAAUGACAGCAAACUCGUAAGCUUUUCGUUGUACAAGGUAGAUACCACACGUAACAGACGCAAAGAUGAGUAUGGAGUGAAAUAUCUGACGACAGGGAAAGAAAUCAGUGUCGUAAUCCCUUUGACUCGCGCGCAGUUGGACAGACGUUUUCUUAAGGCUGAGAGAAAGCUGUUACUGUCCCAACACGAUGUGUAUUCAUUUAAAAUUAAAGACAAUACUUCCACCGUCACUUUUGAAGUCACACCAGAGGCUCCUGUCGAUGUUGAGAUACUUGUCACCAUGGGCCGCGAACCAAACAUAUCCCAGCAUUUGUUUGACUUCAACGCUACUUUCUUGGCUGAGGAUUACCUUUUACAAAGCAAGGCGGCAAAUUUGUCGAAUUCAACUCUUCAGUCAUACUCCCACAGACUACUUUUGGCUGAUGAUGUCCUAAAUUUGACUGUUGCUGGAAAAUACUUCGCCAAGGUCAUCUUUAAGAAGCCCAAAAAUCUCACAUGGCUCCCUGACGAAAUAUUCACUGAUGAAAUAAACUAUAAAACCUCUGUUUAUCGGUCACGCUGUAUGUUCUUCGACGAGGGAAAUAAUUCGUGGUCAACAGAGGGAGUCAAGGUGGGGCGAAAAACAAAUCUCACGCACGUCGAAUGCCUUGCAUCACACCUGACAACAUUCGGAAGCGAUUUCUUUGUGCUACCGAACCGUUUGGACUUAAAUAAUUUUAGUUCGCAAACGCUGCUUCAGAGCCCUCACGCACUGAUCGCAGUGUGUACAAUUCUUGGUCUUUACUUUCUGUGCCUCAUCUUCGCCCGAAGAGCCGAUAAAAACGACGCGUUAAAGGCGGGAGUAACUCCACUCCCUGAUAACGAUUCUCGGGAUACGUAUUGCUACCAGAUUCAAGUCCAUACCGGUUUUAUUCGCGGGGCUGGCACAAGUGCUGAAGUAUCCAUCGUACUCACUGGCGCCCUGGGGGACAGCGAACCUCGACUUCUGAAAGAUCCAAAAAGAAAAACUUUUAGGACAGGUGGUGUCGACGCCUUUCUUUUGAUCGUUCCUCAAUCGCUUGGAAACUUGAAACAGAUUCGCGUGUGGCACAAUAACGGUGGGACCUAUCCAUCGUGGAAUCUUCUGCGCAUCAUGAUCCAAGACAUACAAACUGAUCAGAGGUGGUGGUUUGUUUGUGACGACUGGCUAGCAGUCGAGGAAGGUGACGGCAAAAUUGAGAGGACUAUCUUCCCAGCUUCUAACAAGGAACUGACUAAAUUCAACGUCCUUUUCGCGUCUGAAGUGAGGAAGAAUCUCACCGAUGGUCACAUUUGGUUUUCGGUUGUGGCUCGGCCAACUCAAAGCACUUUUACUCGAGUUCAACGCCUGACUUGUUGUUUGUCCAUCUUACUGUGCACAAUGCUUGCAAAUGCUAUGUUUUACGAAGUAGGCAAAAACGAGACGACAAAAAAUGCCAUCAAGAUCAUGGGCUUUAGCUUCUCCAUCCGGUCAGUUUCGAUAGGAAUCAUGAGCAGUUUGGUAGUAUUCCCAUUGAACCUCAUCAUUGCCACAAUAUUUCGGAAAGCUAGGCCGAAGGAAAAUCAAUACGAAGUGAAAACCGGCACUAAGGACACCGACAAUGUUGACGUCGAAACGACUGGAGAAGAAAAGACCGCUCCUGCCAGCAAAGGACUCCCGCAUUGGUUCGUGCGCUUAGCAUACGGCCUUGCAUUUCUAUCCGUGACUUCAUCGGGAUCAUUUGUGAUAAUGUACGGAAUGCAGUUCGGACCUGAAAAAUCGGUAGAGUGGCUAUCUUCGAUGGCCGUUAGCUUCUUGCAAGAUGUCUUGUUAACACAACCAAUCAAAGUCUUUAUACUUGCAAUCCUUUUUGCCCUCCUCAUCAAAGAUCCGAAGAAGGCCGAGGAUGAUUCAUACGCGGAUAUCAAUGGUCUCGCAAAGGACGAGGAGUGGCUACACACAGACCUCACAGACCUUGAUCCUGAGACACAGAAGACAGUGAGGAAGAUCAUAAACGACAGGCCACCAGAAGAGGCUAAGCUGGAGAUUGCCCGUCAGCUCCGCUUGAAGGAGAAGCAGAUGAGCUCCAUUAUUCAAGAAAUUUCCUGGUACAUUAUCUUCUUGUUGGUUCUGCUUACCAUAAGCUAUAUCAACAGGGAUCUAGAUACAUCUCGGGUGACCCAAUACAUGAGGAAUACUUUUGAAAAGGCAGGUUACAGUGGGAACCUAACUUAUGACAAGGUAAACGGGAUAAAGCACUACUGGAGAUGGUUGAGUGAGACAUUCAUUCCUUCUUUAAAGCCUGAAGUUUUCUACAAUAACUCGACUCGCUAUCAAAAGGGCUAUCUUGCAGACAUUCCGACCGCUUUUCUUUUGGGUGUGGCGCGGCUAAGGCAACUGAGAAUUAAUAAAGAUACCUGUGUAUACAAACGCGUUUCACACGACAUUACCGAGUGCAACGACCUCUACAGCAUAAAAGAAGAGGACCAAGGCUGGUAUUUACCGGGUUGGAAGGCUACACCAACCACAGCAGCUGAAACUCAAUCCCCCUCCUCUCCCACGCAAACUUCUCAGUUGAAAGAUCCUUGGGUCUACAGAAGCGGAGAGGAGCUUGAGACAUUUCCAUACUGGGGGUAUAAGGGAACUUAUAGCGGUGGAGGAUAUGUACAGACAUUCCCAAAUGAUCAGGAUGUCGAUGAAUUGCUGAAGAUAAUAAAACAUCUUAGCGUAAGUAACUGGCUGGACCGCUACACGAGAGCUCUCUUCUCUGAAUUUGCUAUUUACAACGCAAACACCAACUUGUUCUGUGUUGUCACUCUACUGUUUGAACAACUCCCAACAGGAAGUCUGUCGCCAUAUCCUAGCAUUCUUACUCUCCGUCUCUUCAGGUACGUCGGAGGCGAAAAGGUCUUCGUGAUAACAUGCGAGGUUGUGUACUUCUUGUUUACCUUGUUUUUUGUGGUUAAGGAGGUCAAACUGCUGUUGAAAAGAGGAAGGGUACACCUGAAGAAUCCGUGGAACAUUCUGGAAGUCCUUGUCACCCUUCUCUCGCUUUCUGCAGUAGGAAUGCACUUCGCAAGGCUAAAAUUCACCAAAGAUGCGUUAAGGGAUAUGAAAAUUGACCGAGGUGGCUUUAUCAGUUUCCAUUACACAGCCUUCUUGGACGAGUGGCUCAAGUGUAUCAUGGGCAUUAUCGUGUUUCUAUCGUUCUUGAAAAUGUUUCGUCUCUUGCGGUUCAACAGGCGCAUGUCAAUGCUACAACAAGUCCUUAAAAGGUCCUUCUCUAAGCUGAUGUCAUUCAUGGUUAUGUUUGCACUCGCGUUUCUAGCUUUUGCGUUUCUUGCAUGCUUGGUUUUUGGGCAAGAAAUGAGAGGCUUUGGGACAUUUUGGAGAAGCUGCGCCUCUUUGAUGGAUACAUUACUCGGCAAGUUCACAUUAAAGAAACUGUCUACUGCCAAUCGGAUUCUUGGACCAAUUUUCUUCUAUACCUACACAGUGACCAUGCUGUUUGUUCUUCUGAACGUUUUUCUUUCCAUCAUCAACGAUGCGUUUGCUGAAGUUUGCAGCGAUGUUGAGAAGCAGUCUAACGAUUACGAAAUAGUUGACUUCAUAGUUCAUCGGCUGAAGGAGACAUUUGGCAGGACAGAUGGCCACCCCAUUCCGCCAGUCUACAAAGAGCCUAAGAGUACAAUUGAGGCUAACUUAGAUAAGAUCGCCGAUGAUGCAGACAAUGCAACUCACUUCAUGAGGAACAUCGUGUUUGAAGAUACGAGGGUGACUCGGUGGCUCCAAUUGGAAAACUGCGCAGAAAAGAAGAAAAAUCUGAUGCGGCUGUUAGUGGAAGUGGACUGGGAUUUUAACGAGGACGAAGUUUGUGAUUCCAUUCCAGUGUUCGAGAAGUUCCUUAACAAGUACAGAGACGACGAACUGGUGAGCAUUCUGCAGCAUUAUCGCCUAAAACGGAUGAUAGAGGACUUGGUCUUUGAUAAACUCAAUGCUACUGGUGAGUUCGACGACUCAUCCGACAGUGUUAGUGAAGAUACGAACAAGAACAGUCACCGAAUUGUCAGCGACGACGAAAAGAUGUUUGAUGACGACAUGACAUUGAUGGCUGUAGAUGAUUCCAGAGACGAAAGCCGUCGGCAAUCAAGUCUUGGCACCGAAUCUGGAACGAUUGGAACUCAAAGUCCCUCCUUGUCGAUUUUUGAUUCAGUCUUGGUUGCUGGUCUUGCCACAGUGAUGGGUGGCAACGAGCUUAUGCAGGCAUUGAAGGACGCACAGAGAGAGGUGGAGCAUCGCUGGGCUAGUGAUUCUGAGAUAGCAACCGGUUUCGAGGAGUCUUUAUCCCUUGAUGAUAUCAGUUCGUCGAGAUUUGACAGCGAACCUGGAAAUAUCGACAACACCAACAGAGAUUUAGAUAGGCCUCUGAUGAAAUCAGACGGAAAGAUGGAGAAGUCGACAAGGAAAGCUAAAAGGGACCGAUGAGAGAAAAUCGCAAGAAACUGAAUCAACGAGUGGAAAAAAAUCGAACAGGCUUUAAAAGCAAAACAUUUAGGUUUUUUAGAGGCUCUGGUCAUAAAUCAAAUUACCAUUUGUAUGUUAGGAAAUGUUUUAAGUCAUACUUUAGGGAUGCCUACGCCACGUUGAUGUGUCAGCUGAUUCUAAUGAACUGUUGGCUAGGCUGUUAUAGACAUUUAUGGACUCGCAAUUCUUUAAGUUUUACAAAUCCGUAGAAAGUUUUCGUGUGUUGUAUUUAAUUUCGGCUUUGUCAUCGGCUACGUGAAUGUAACGUUAUGAUCCUCAAUGCUAUUUCUUACUACUUGCUUACGAUUAGGUGUGAACCAUUUCAGUGUCAAGUCGAGUAAUCAUCGGUAUCUUAGGAAAUUAUGUAUGAUAGUGACCAUUUUAUUUUGGGCUAAUUUGUUUACAGAAUGUUGAAUUUGGUCAAGUUAAAACCCUUUCCUCCAUUAAAAUCUUAAAACAAACCUUUGAUGACCAAUUUUUACCCUUUCAAAGUCGUCUGAAAAAUCGUCCGCUACUCAUGAAAACGUGUUCCAGCCGAGCCCGCAAUCGUACGGCAGAAAAUGUCAUCAUCACGUCAAAGGCUCAACAAACUUAUGCUUUGUUCGCUGCACAGAGAAUCACAUACAUUACUUUUUUGAGAACUUUCCGUCGUUCGGUGAACUGUCAACUUCAGUUAGACGAAACCUAAGAUAAGAACUGGUGCGAGACUCCUCAUUUGUCUUCGUGGCUCAGUUGAUGGAAACGUUCUACUGGUGUCAAGGAUACCCAGAAAUUAUUUUGCUGCAAUACAUGAAGUUGAAGUUUAGCUGUGACUGAAACAAUUCUAUUUUUAGCUUUUGGUGGGGAAGAACACACUAUGUUGGACCAGUAUUGCCCACUACGACUCGAGUAAUCGAAGUUAAUAAAUAGUUUAUUGUAUGGCACUCGAACCAAACUUGUUUAUUUUGAAUUUGCUGACUUUUGCGGACAAGUCGACACCGCAUAUGACUUUGUCCGUGGAAUUGGUCCGUACGGAAAAAACCAACCAAGUAAGAACCAAUCAGAACACUCAGACUACCUCAGGACUACCUUGCCAUAUUAUAAAUGAUUUAUUGACAUUGUGAAUAUAAAUAAAAGCAUUUGUUUAACAGUAAUAACAAAAGGAAAUU